UGCGAGGAAGCGAAAAAGAAGAAAGUGGAAGGAAAAAAAAUCAGAAUUCUCUUAAAAAUGAAGAAGAAAAAGAGGAUUCGGGAGGGGCCGAGGAUGGUCUCGCGGCCGAAUGAACUGGGCCUCCCCUCCCUCCCUGCCCUGGCACUCAGGAGGGUUUGGACUACAACGCCCAAAAUCCACAGCCCGCUGGAGGAAGGUUUGGGGGGUUGCAUUGGAAUGCGUCGCCUCUGGAAGGGGCUGCUGCUCCCCAAGAAUGGGGCUGACCGGAUGCAUUGAGUCCCAGCGGGGUGAUUUGCAAAAAAAAAAAAAAAAGACUAAAGUGCUUGGAUAACCUCGGGAUGGGAGACCACGAGGAAAUCCUGCAAAAGAGAAAAGUGAACAGCUGCCACUUGGCUGCCAAGGAAACCCCCUGAAGCCAUCUGGGUUUUUGCUCCGACAGGUGGAGGAGCACACAAGACCAGGUCUUUGGUUACCUGAAGACCCAACAAGCUAGGAAUUGGGUUACGGGGUGCAAUUUUGGGAUUGGAGCCAAUUCACGAGCCCCUUUCCUUAGGGAAAAACCUGCCUUACCCUCUUUUCCCCCUUUCACCUUGGAACCCUUUCCCAAAAUUAGGAUGUCCAACUCAUUAGGCUUUCCCAAAUCGAAUUGGGCAGAAACCCCCCCUCGGAUCUGGAUUCACGUAACCCCCUCCCCGGAUUUGCAAAGCAUUCAAGAGACUUUAGCUGAAACUGGAGAGAUUCAUCUCCAUCCUCAACAACUAGAAAGUGCAAAAUAAAAGCAUGGCAGCCUGUUCCAGCUUGAGGAGCGUGUUCGAAUACGAAACCAACAAAGUGGUGCGAAUCUACAGCGUUUGGUACGGGAGCCUCAAGUGGAUAAUCCAUUUCAUGGUUUUCCUGUAUGUUAGCAUCGUCCUGUUUGCCGAUCGACGCUAUCAGAAGAAAGAUUCGGUCAUCAGCUCGGUGCACGUGAAGGUGAAGGGGGUGUCCCAGACUGACAAAAGGGUUUGGGAUACAGCCGAAUACACCAUCGCUGCACAGGGUGUGAAUUCCUUUUUUGUGCUGACUAAUAUCAUCACGACCGAAAAUCAGGUUCAAGGACUUUGCCCUGAGUUUCCUCUUGCCAAAGCGGUGUGUUCUACCGACAAGAGCUGCACGAAAGGUCGAGUAGACCCACAGGGUAACGGCAUCCAGACAGGCAAGUGUGUGAAAUAUAACAGCACCGUCAACACGUGUGAAGUCUCCGCUUGGUGUCCUGUGGAGUCAAUCAAAACCGCCCCAAAGCCAGCCAUUCUGGACAGUGCUGAGAAUUUCACCGUGCUUAUAAAAAACAACAUCCACUUUCCAAAAUUUGAUUAUACGACAAGAAAUAUUCCAGCGGAAUUUAAUGUUUCCUGUAUAUACAGCAAGCACAGAGCUUCGCUUUGCCCCAUUUUUCGUCUGGGGGAUAUUCUUCAAGAGGCAGGAGAGAAGUUUUCAGAAGUGGCCGUUCAGGGAGGCAUCAUUGGCAUUGAAAUUAACUGGGAUUGCAACUUAGACAAAUGGGCGCACCGUUGCAAGCCCAACUACGGUUUCCGGCGCCUGGAUGACAAACGAACCAACGAAGCCUUGUACCCUGGGUACAACUUCAGAUUUGCCAGGUAUUACAAGCAGCUGGGUGGAAGGGAGGAAAGGACCCUGAUCAAAGCUUACGGCAUCCGUUUCGACAUCCUCAUCUUUGGAACGGCUGGGAGGUUGGACUUCUUUGAGGUGGUGGUGUACAUUGGAUCAGUGCUUUCCUACUUCGGCCUGGCUCAGGUAGCCGUGGAUUGUCUGCUCACUUCAUCUACGGGCUGCUGUUGCAAACCUGAUCCGGUGAAGGAGUAUUAUUACAAUAAAAAGUGUCAGGAGGUGCUGGGACCAAGAAGCACUUUGUUUUACGUGACUUACGUUGAUGAGCCUGGCAUCCUAAUGAUCGACAAAUUGUCAGAGACCAGUUUGCAGGCCAUCAAGGGCGGGGUUAUUGAGAAGCGCCAAGGGGAUUUUACGCAGUCUUCCCAACUUCCAUAUCGGGACCGGACCAUCUCCCCGCAAAAUGCUGAAGAGCUGCAGCUCCUCCAAAACCGAAGGGAGGGUCCUUGCUUCCGCGAACGUCCUUCUUGGUGCUGCUGCGGAAAGUGCCGGCCGGCAGAUCCUUUUUGGGAACAGCUCUGCUGCCGCAAAACAGACGGGCCCUGCAUCGCCAAUUCCUCUUUGUUUGAGCAGCUCGUCCUGUCCCGAUCCGUGCUGGAAUUCGUUCUGCUCUACAAAGAUCCCUUAUUGGAUCUGAGUGGUGUUGAGGUCGCCAACAAGCCCUUUCGGCACUGCGCUUACGAGAGGUAUAUUCACUGGCGCUUUGGCGAGGGCGACCUGAGUGCCCGGGCUGUGAUCCCCAAUUGUUGCAGGUGGAGAAUCAGAGAUGCCUUUCCGAGCGAGAACGGGGAAUACAGCGGUUUUGGGAAGAAGAAGUAACUGUUGGUUGCACCUCUGUGUUACGGCCUUAAGGGUGGAUAUGCACGUGUGCCAAUUACCGUAUUUUUUGGAGUAUAAGACACACCUUCCCCCCCCUAAAAGUGGGUGAAAAUUUGGGUGCAUCUUAUAGACCGAAUACGGCGGUUUUGGUCUCCCGAACCCUUCGCGCAUCACGUUUUCGCCCUCCUAAGUCCCCAGAAGCACUCUGCAGGCCAAAAAUGGGUGCGUUUUUGGCAAAAACGGGCUGUGCCGAGCACUGCAGAGUUCUUCUGGAGGCUUAGGAGGGCAAAAAUGCAACACGCGGAGGUCAAAAACAAUUCUUGUUUUCCUCCUGUAAAUUUAGGUGCGUCUUACAGUCCGAAAAAUACGGGUAAUCUGUUUUGCUUUUCAGAAAUUGCCAUUUAUGGCUCUGUUGUCAUCUUGGCUCUAACUAGAUCAGUGUUUCUCAACCUUGGAAGCUUGAAGAUUGAGAAACACUGAACUAGAUGAUGUUUAGACUAUGGGAUAAGGUCAGAAGGGAGCAGAGUUUCGAUCCCAGCUCAGCCAUGAAAAUCACCGGAAGGCUUUGUGCCUCCUUUCCCCUGCUCAUCCUUGCCUACCUCACUGGGAUAUCAGGAGAGAUCCAGGAUUGGAAAUAUCAUGGAAAAGGGCCCCGAUUUCUGAUGUUUAGGCAGCCAAACUACUGAACAAACCUGUUCGUUUUUUCCCAGAAACUCAGCAGCGGUUUACCGGUGUGAAAGGACUUGCUAAGCCAGGUUGUUUUGGUUGACUGAUCCCAACACAAAGCCGCCUUUGUUUAAAAACCUCCCCUUGUUUAUUUUUUUUUAAAAACAAGAACCCUUUAUUUUGUUUUCAACCUGCUUGCACUUUUCUUUUUCCGUAGCUCAGCUGUCUUUUCAACUUUCUUUUCCCGUAACUCCUAUCUCAGGAAAUGGGGGGGAAAUGCCUUUCGUUUUCAAGAUUGGUAUCUUCCCAUGUUUAAAUAUCCUUCAAAGCCUGGAUAUUUUCCAUGCAAAAUGUCCCUAACCCUAACACACACAUGUAGAAAUCAGAGUCAUUUGCAAGGUGUGAAGAUGUCCCUCUCCCUUCGCAGCGUUUAUUGCUUUUAGACAGUUUUUACAAGCAGAGAAAGGCAAACUAGCAGCAGUGUUAUUAUUGGUAGAUACUACUCGCCCCCCUUAAGAUGCCAUCAUCCUGAUGGUGAAGGCAAGGUGAGAUAAUACAGACCAGAGCCAGAAUGAGAUCAUACAGGCAUGCAAGAUACAUAGGCAUCUGAGGUGCAGCAGUGUGCUGCACACCCCGAUACCAUGACCUUUAACCUCUACACACACACACACACACACAUACACAGUUCACUUUCCGCAUCUCCAUAUAGAAGGGAGGGAGAUAGAGAUGACGAGAAGGACAGUGCAGAACUGUUCUUAGUGCACAGAAUAUGGCCGGGAGAUGCUUUUUUGCUGUCUAGAAAUUUUGUGAAUUGCAGGGAUGCCGCGUGUGAAAAAUCUCCGGCUGGGACAGCGUAAACAACUUUUCCAUUCAAUUUCAUUGCAUAACAGGACUUUGGUACCUAAAAAAGUCUACACAAAGAGAGACUUGGCCCCACGUAUUUUUUCACAAAUUGCUGUGCUAUGCUGUUUUUAAAAAAUCAUUUGACGGCCUGUUCCAAAGCUGGCCUAGCAAGUUAUUUCAAGUGGGUUUUUUUUUUUUCUUUAUCAGAAGCAUUGAAGCAAACAUAACAUUGAAGUGGCUGCUAACUUUUCUGCGCUCAUCUACUUAAUUGUUGCAAAAUGGAAUCUAUUUCUUAGCACUUUUUUUUUUUUUGCAAUUUCCUUUUAAUCUCAUGUUGCAGUAAAGAUUAUAUAUGGUUGCAGAGUUUGUACAUUUUUUAUACAAUAUGCUCGUGUGAAUUCUCUGUGCAUUGUACAGAUGGAAAUUAAAUUUAUAAGAAUAAAACACUGCGCGUGUGCUUAAUUUCAACUGAUUAAGAAAUUGUAAAGCAUGAUGGAAAUGGUCUGGUUAAAAAAAAACCAAGGAAGAUUAAGUCCUUUGUAGUUGUGAACCAGGAAUUCCAGUUGGCAUUUUCAUAUUUAGACUUAAUUAUACGGCUGUUCUUGAUGUUCUUUUUCCUAUGUUUUUCUGUAGCUAUGCUUGCAUUUUGGUCUGUGACCGUAAAUAAAUUUAUUAUUAUUA